UUCAUAUUUGAUAUGAAUGUCUUUACCGUCUUUGUCAGGUGGCAGACUUUCAAUGUCUUUGAAUCUGUGCUGUGCCAGCUUUUUUAGUUCAUUCUUCUACUGGUCAUACCAAAGGCUGUGACACGAGACUCGACGUCUUACGACUAGAUUAAAUAUUGAUUUCAGAUUCCGGGAAAACGGGAUGGCCUAAUAGUUAGUGCACAGGUCCCCCGACUUAGUGCUACCAUUUAAUGGGAACCGUGAUUACCGUACAAGAAAUCAUAGGUUUAGCGUUUCUAUUGACUAAUCACAGCGCAAGUAGUCAAAUACGUAGUAAGACGACUUCAUUCCUGUCUCAGUUGGGAUAGUUUCAAAAAUCUUGGUUCAUGACCGUUUCGUUCGGCCUCGCAUAUUAUCCGCCAACUGAAACACCGUUCUAUCUAUUCAUCUUUUCCUCCAAUCUGCGACGACAAAGAGUCACUUUGUAAAGUCCUUUCACUAAUUAUGGAGAUUUUUUGAGCCCAGUAUACAGAAAGAGCGCUAACAAAGAGCUAAUGGAAUAAAAUUUGCUGUUUUCUAAAUUAAAUAACGCAACAUUUUUAGAAGAGAACUGCAAACCACACACAGCAGUUCAGGUUCCCAGAGAGAUUUAUUUUUAGAGUAUUCAGUAAUGUAACGAACUUAGGCUGCGGCGGAAAAACCAGCCAGCAUGGCGGCCGCUCCCAAAUAGACCUCCGUCGAGUAUUGUGUUCCAGCUUUUGUUCUGUGGACCGAGGAACCGUCUAUUGUCGCGUAAAAUUUCUAUCACGUAAACAACUAGCGAACGAAGAUCUAUCACCAAUCACUGACAAAUACCCCUGCCAAUUUUAGUAAAGAAGUUAUAGUAUUUAUAAAACCUUUAAAUUAAGAAUCUUAAUUGUAUAAACACAAAAGGAAAUUAGUUUACAAAGAGAACUACACCUCCUGAAAACCCUCUUGACAAUUAAAGAAUAAAAUCAAGUCGUAAUUAAUCUUAAGUGACGCAAGCACACCUUUGUUUAUACAUUUACAUUACAUAUUCUAAACAUUUUCUGUCACGCGAGAACUCGUGAAAGCGGAACUGACUAAUGUGAGCAUCAGUUGCAUUGUGGUUGCUAGGUCGGUCAGAUCCUGUCAGAUAGCAGUAAACUUCACUGGAAAUGGGUUGCACAGUUUCUACACACAACACAUACCAACCACACGGCGGCCUGGACUCCAACAGAUUGCAUCCUCCUAACUGGGACAAGGAAGCUGAUCACCUGCAUGAUGCCGUGCGAGGACAGGGCUCUGAUGGGGUCUGCAUUGUCAGAAUUCUGGCCAAAUUCACCAACAGGCAGAGAAAAAGAUUGCUACAGGCGUAUACAGAGCGAUUCCAUGAGGAUUUAACCACUGUAAUGGAGUCAGAGUUUAGUGGAACGGCCAAAGAAGUGGUAACAGUUUUGCUGUAUUCACCAGUCACAUAUGACGUCAAGUCAUUACAUAAGGCGUUUGAAGACCAGAAUUUCAACUCGAUUGUGUCUAUCAUUAUAUCAAGUAGAAAUGACAGCUUGAUGGAUAUGAAAGACGAGUAUUUCGCUGAGUAUGGCAAGACACUGGAAAAUGAAUUAUCCAAAGUAGAGGACGAGGAUGUCAGACGCAUUUUGGUUUCUCUGCUAAAUGUGGAUCGGUCAUCUGCCAAGAAAAGAGCUGAUAAAAUGGCAGCAAAAGAAAGAGCAACACAACUGUUCAACGAUGGCGAUAUUCUGUCCCUGUUAUGUCAACCACUUGGAAGAAAUCAAUUAAGAGAAACAUUUGCUGCUUUUCUUGAUCUGCACCGAGUCAACAUUGCUCAGUUUAUUGAAGACAGAUGUUCAUCGUUAUCACAACAAGCACGAGACACCUUGAAAGAUUGCGUUUUGGUAAUAGAAACCCCUCCUCGAUACUUUGCGAAGGAAAUGGCGAAGGCAGAUGAACUAAAGAUACUGAGAAUAAUGGUUUCCAGAUCAGAGAUUGAUCUUUACUACAUCAAGAAAGAAUUUCUAAGUUUGUUCUCAAGACAGCUUCAUGACGCAAUAGACAAACAAUGCAGCUAUGAUUACGCCAAACUGCUAAAAGCGAUUUUGGAGAUGCGUGGUCAGUACAGCGAAUCAGCAAAGAAGAGAUGAUUCAAGGGAACGUACCACGUGCUGGUUUGAAUUGAAUGCGAGAAAGUCAUCGACUUUAAAUAACACUGUGAAGUUUACCGCAGAGAUUAGCCCAGCUAUGAUCAUAGAAGAGGACCUGUCUCGUAGGGUAGCUUAAUAAGUUUUUCAAAUUCGACUGAAAUCCUCAGUAAAUCCUCGAUCUUCGCGGAGCUAUUUGCCUCACUGAGUAUAGACGAGUGUCUGUAUAACGGACGUCCGUGUAAAGCUCCGUAUAUUUUGUAUCAGAAGAAAAUUCGUCGACGUUCAGUGCGUAAUGAUAAAAACAAUGUCUGCUAUCUUCGAAUGAAGUGUUCGAUCAUCAUUGUUCUUUAUCUAAUUAAGCUGAUAAUAAGUUUUUGUGACUGCGGGCAAGCAGAGAUCGAGUUGGCACUGGUGGACAGACGCUGCAUAUGACAGAGGAAGUUUCUUGCAAAGGAAUGCAAGAUAACAAUUAUACGAAAAUAGAGAGAAAAAAAUAAAAGGUCGCUCAGAUGAACCACCAAUAUGUGACUGGACACCAAGUAUGAGUGCAAUUAUUAAGAUUAUGUAUAAGAGAAAAAA